AAAGCCCGGAGAGGAUUUAAACCGGAGCGGAGAACCGGAGGGGGACUCGGCAGGAAUUAUGAAGCUCAGCCGCCAUGUCUAAAGCGACGGUGAAGAAGCUGCACUGGCGCUCCAAGGUGCAGGAGAGCUUCGUCCCGCUGGGCGGCGGCACCGGUGGCUCGGGGGAGUUGGGGCUGGCCAUCGGGGGCGGGGCUGACUAUGGCGAGUUCCCGUUCGUCACGGCCGCCCCCGGGGGCGGGCCCACGGUGGGCGACAUCAUCCUGGAGAUUGGAGGGACACCUGUGUUGGGAAUGACCCUCGGUGAUGUCAGAGGAGUCCUGAACUCCUGUCCUCAUCCAAUCAGAAUCAAGACUGUCUCACCAGGUUCAUCUCUGUGUAAAGACCUCAGGUUGUACCUCAGUAAGUGUUUCACGCCGGGCUCCAUGGACAGUCAGCUGCAGCAGCUAAUCAGGGAGAACCUGUACCUGCGCGCCGUGCCCUGUACGACCAGGCAGCCUCGAGAUGGAGAGAUUUCAGGUGUGGACUACAACUUUGUCUCCAUCGAGGAAUUUUUCUCUCUGGAGGAGUCCGGAGCUCUGCUGGAGAGCGGCAAAUUCAAAGGGAAUUAUUAUGGGACGCCCCGCCCUGUCCACAUUGGCCCAGAGAGUCCACCAAUCACAUACCAGGAACAUCGAAACCUGUUGAGGAACUUCAGGACAAGGAGCAAGUCUCUGAGUAACCUGGAGAAAGCUGUGGAGGAAGGGGACAACAGUGAGGAGGACAGCGGGCUGACGGCAGGAUCAGCUGGAGCCCCGCCCACAACCCUGCCUCUCAGCCAGUCAUGGGAGUCUGCGGUAGGAAUGGAGAAUGGAGGAGGGGGAAGAGGAGUAGGGAGGGGAAGAGCAGGAGUGGGAGGUCCGCUGCCGGAAAACUGGGAGCUGGCCUACAGUGAUUCAGGGGAGCCGUACUACAUCGACCAUAAUUCAAAGACGACCAGCUGGCUGGAUCCUCGAACUCAGAACAAAGAGGCGACGUCUUCUACAGAACUCCCAGAGUUCACCGACCAGCCCAGUCAGCUGAAGGGCUACUCCAUCCACACUCGGCUCUCGAAAGGUCCUCGAGGUUUCGGCUUCAACAUAGUUGGAGGAAGUCGACCCCGAGAGUUUCUGCAGGUGUACAGCGUCACACCUGGAGGACCGCCUGCUCUCAACACAGCGGACAUCCUGGUCUACAUCAACGACACCUGUGUGCUGGGUCGCUCUCACAAAGAAGUGGUGGAGAUGCUGAAGUCGGUACCGAUGGGUCAAAGCGUGGAUGUGGUGCUGAGGAGAGGAUACCCAAUGCUUUAUAACCCCGACGGCUGUCCCAAACAGAGCCUGGAGACGCAGCCGCAGACCCCCAGCGAGUCCGGCAACCUGAGCCGAGGCCUGACGCACCUCACCUACAGCCGCACUCUGGACGCCAACGGCAGCACGCCAGGCCUGGCACAAACCCCGCCCUCUUAUGCCACUCAGCCAAUGACAAAUGGACUCACGGGCCCACCCACCCCCACGUCUUCUGAUACCCCACUGGGUCCACCACACCCAGCGGAGAGGACACUUACCAAUCAUAGUGACUCUGAUGGCGGCCUAUCCAAUGCAGGAACUCGACGGUCUUCUCUGAUUCGCUACAACAGCAACACUCUCCCCGCCCUCUCUUCCACUUCCCUUCUCCAGCAUCAGAGCUCCAAGUCCUCAGAGAGUGACCUGUCCACGUCCACGCUCCCCAUAUCCUCCUCCACGCUCCCCAUCACUUCUUCAUCCUCACACACUCUUACCAAACUUCCGCUCUCUCAGCCCGAGACGGGCCUCCUCCAAAACUCCACCAGCUCCAGCAGCACAAACAACACCCCCUCCUCUUCUACACCUCCUGGUCCGCCUGUGCAUCGCCCACUGAUGCCUCAGACCUCCCUCGCUCUGACCCCACCCAGAGACAUCCCACCCUGUGGCUUUAAUGGGUGCCCGGCCAAUCACCAAGCACCCUCCACAGCAUCCAGAGGAAACCCGGGAUUGGUGCUCCCCCUUGGAUCCGGGUCCCCGGGGACAGCCCACGGCGGGGAGCUCGUGCCGGUGGCUCUCGGCCGCAGUGAGAGCGGGGGACUGGGAUUCAGUGUGACAGCAGGAGGACAUGGGGGUCAACAGGCAGUAGUCAGGCGGGUUUGGGAUCGGAGGCAGUGCCUGUCGCUGCAGUCAGGAGACAUUAUAGUGAAGAUCAAUGGAGCAGACGUCCAAAGCUUCAGCUUCUCCCAGGUGCAGAGAGUGCUGCAGGAACACACCAAACAGGGAGAGGUUGUACUUCUGGUCUACAGAGGAGCUCCCGUAUCCUCCCCAGUCGUCACCCCCAACAUCUACAAACGCCUCACCAUCCCACACGGAAUGACCGGCCCUUCCUCCUCCCACCCCAACACUUCAGCCGACAUGCCUUCCCCGUCCACGGGUGCCUUGGUGGGGGGUAUUCCCCCACUCAGCCAGGCUGGUUUGGCCCUUGAGAGUCCCCAGGAGGGGCAACUACCAGCAGCAGGGAACCACCAAGGUGCCCCUCCUGCCCAGACGCCUAACGGACCUCCAGCCUCGGCCCUCAUCCAGAGCACUAGCUUCCUGGACUCAGUUCCUGUGACGCUGACCUUAGAGCCACGUGACUUAUUGGGCGUGGAGGAGAGCGCCGGCGGCCCUCCUGCACUCAGAGAGGGCGGACUAGGAGCCGUUCCUAAGGAUGGAAGAGGAGGCGGAGGAGGAGUAAAGUCAGUGGAUGUGGAGCUGAGGAGGCGACAAGGAGAAGGCUUUGGAUUUGUUAUCGCCUCUCAGGAAGUGAGUGGAGCCCCAUCGCUGAUGUCUCACCGGUUCGUGACGGUGCGUCGUGGCAGCCCGGCGGCUCGCAGCGGGCAGAUCCAGCCUGGAGACCAGCUGGAGGCGGUGGAGGGUCGGCCGGUCGCAGGUCUACAGCACCGAGACCUGGCCCAGAUCCUGAGGAGAGCCGGGAACACACUGAGACUGAGCAUCACUCCUCGACACCAUUCCUCUUCCCUGACCGAAGCCGCAGAUCUGGACAUAGAUGGUCGGAUGAUAAAAGGACCCAGAGGGAGGUCAAAGCAGGAGGAGUCAAAGUUCUACAGCGUGGACCUGGAGCGAGGUCCUACGGGUUUCGGUUUUUCUCUGAGGGGAGGCAGUGAAUACAACAUGGGACUGUAUGUACUCGGGCUGAUGGACGGGGGGCCAGCCCAGCGCAGCAACAAGAUACAGGUGUCCGACCAGCUGGUGGAGAUAAAUGGAGACAGUACAGCAGGAAUGACUCACAGUCAGGCCGUUGAGCAGAUCAGAAGAGGAGGACAUCGAAUCCACCUCGUCCUCAAGAAGGGAAACGGAUACGUGCCCGACUACGGCCCUGAGGAAGGAGCCCUCUCCCCCUCCUCCUCUUCACACACCGAGGAGCUGGAUGUGGAUAUGAUAACCAUGACAACUGCCUCUCUCAGCCAGGAAAUAAGACGAGGAAGUGGUGCGGGAGAAGGAGAGAGGAGGAGGAGAGAGAGAGAAACCAAAAGAAGAACAGGAGGAGUAGGAUUAGGGCCUCCUGCUCUGGACCUGGACAUAGUGGAGGAGGAAGCACGGGUGCUGGAGAGGAGAUGGCAAGAGGAGGAGCAAAGGGAGGAGAGGAAGAGAAGAAGUCAGACUGUCAGGCAGAUGAAGCAGGAUGACCUCAAGGAGCAGGGGAGGAGGAGCAGGAGCUUACCCAGGAGUGAUGCCCGCCUCAGGGACUCACCUCUGUCAGAGGAGUCCAGAAGAGGAGGGGGAGAGCGGGAGAGGAGAGAGGAGAGAAACAGCAGCACCAACCGCCGUGCAAAGCAUGCUGGGAACUCGGCUGCAUCUCAGAAGGCAGCGUUCUCCUUCCUCAUGCCGCUGGACGAUGACAGCAGUGACAGACAUCUUUCCGACAGUGAAUCAACAGCCAGUUUUUCGGAGAUGCACCUAUCAGCAGCCAGCAUCGCCGCUGCUGGCUUGAGGGAGGAGUCUGAUUGGAGGAGAGCUGAGUUGCCGUUGCAAGAUGGAAACGGCCCAGGCCCUUGGCUGAAGCCGAGCACGCAGAGACUGACGCAGGUGCUGACGAGCAGUCAGAUCCGUGGGCGGGGACUAGUGGGUGGGCUCUCUCUCUGAUUGGCCAGCUGUGAGGGCAUUCUCCUCUUUUAUUUGCUGAUUUUUUUUUUAUUGGCUACUUAUCAAGGGCUUUUUUGAUUGGCCUGCUGGAGAAGACACACCUCCUUCUGAGUCCAACUGGAUGACCACAGAAAACUCUGUUUCUAAUUGGCUGGUGGGUGACAUAACAGCUACACAGACCUGCCGAACCAACACCUUUAAUAUUACCCAUCAUGCCUCAGUACAUCCUGAGACCUGUAUCAUAAAGCUAUAUCGGGCCGCCAUCGCCUGUCAGACAAUUUCAACCGUCCACUUAUUUUAUCUUCCUCUCGGGAUUCUGUUUUAUUUCGACUUGAUUCGAGUAACAUCCUAAUACGGGUUAGGGUUAGAUUACAGCGAUUGAUACAUUCACCAAAUCACCCGAGCUGCCUGUGGACAGCUGAACUCUUUGUGAUACAGGCUCCUGGUCUGCAGACCUGAUGUGACGUUUCCGUGUGAAACAUCACGUCUGCGUUUCAUGGCUUCAUCACGAUCAUCUUCACUCGCAUCCUUCCAACUUCAAAAUGGUAUGCAAACAACAUCCGAACCGAACAACGGCGCUGUUUCGUGAUUCUCUCUGUGUAAUCUGAGCAUGUGAAUAUUACUGGAAUGAUUUUUUUAUUUUUAUAAAGCUGAACGUGUAACAAAAUUAUUAUUAUAACGAUAUUAGAGAUUAAAUAGAUCCAGAGAUGAUUUGAUUUGCCUGCUUGCUUGUAAAAAUGAAAGGAAAAUAACCUGAUGAUGUAACAGAGCCAUACACACGCACACACACAUACAGAUGUCAGGUCCAGCUGUGGUCCUGUCGGCUGUCGACGAACAUAACAUCACCAUGGCAACAUGGCCUGUCUCUAUAGCGACAGCCGCGGAGGAGCAGGACGACCUGCAGCUUUGGAUCAUAACAAGUGCCUCGUUUUGUUUCAGCCUUCGUCCUGCAGACUGUCGCUUCGCAGAAGCUGCAGGCAGAGACGCACGCCGUCACUUCCUGCAACACGUCAAACAACGCCAAGACCUUUCAGACACCAAAAUAUCCCAUCAUGCAACAGCCAAUACUGAGUUUAAUGCUUUUUAUAAUUGAGACAUACUUGAGCUAAGAAUCAGUUUGUGUGCCACAAAAACAAAAUGACCCGUCAUGUUAUCUGAAUGUGUCUUCGCCUUAACUCCAGAGGUCCCAAAAUUAGGGCGGCAACUAAUUAUUUUCACUACUGAGUAAUCUUCAUUGAUUUUUUUCCCCCUAUAAGAUGUCAGAAAAUAGAAAAGAUUCUGCUGUCACUUGUCCAACCCAUAAAUGCAUCUUCAGAGGCCUUUUAUGGGUUUUCUUGUUGAAAGAUGUUUAAUUUACAUCAAGUGAAUCAAAGGAAAUCAUUAGAUCCUGACUUCUUUUUUUAAGGCAUCAGAAAAUCUGGCAUUUUACCAACUAAUUAAAUUUAUCGAUUGAUUUUGUAGCUCUGUUUAAAACAACAGGAACAAAAUUUACACAGAUCUCAUCUGUAAUCUAUAAAAUCUCAAAGUUAAAUUAAAUAUAAAUGGGUAUAUCAGAUAUCUGCACCCUUAAGACAUUUGUUAAGAGUGUAGAAAUAGUUCUGUCAUUUUAUAGACAAAUCAGUGAGAAGCAACAGCGCAGCCCUGUGUUUGCCAUUUGGACUGAGGGUUAGUGUGCACUACAGAGAUGUAAAUAAUAUUAAAUUAACAGAUAAAACCAAAACACUGAUUAAUGUCCACAGGAUAAUGUGCAGUGACGUGAUGUGAGACUGUCAGUGCAUUGCCACAUGCAUGACGUUCAGAGAAUUUCAGCCUAGAAGUUCAAGUCGAAUAGUGCAAACAAUCACGCACACGUCUCCGCUGAAUCAAAAUAGCAGAAGAAACAGUGUCUAGAUUUUUCUUUUUGUUGUUCACGUAGCAGGUUUUUUAAGCCACAUUUAAAAUGUUUAUUUUAAAGAAUUAUUCACGCGAGAGUACUUUAUUUAAACAACUAAUAACGCUAACAACAUGGUAAGGCUCCUUUUAAGGAGGACCUAUUCUGCCUUCCCUGAGGUCUCGUAACAAACCAAAGUAUUAAACAUGUCGAAGUAAAACAUGGAAGCCAAAAAAUAUUUAGAAAUUAGUAAAAUUAUUUAUAAAAAAUAUUUUGUUUCUAUUUUCACAAUAAAAUUGGCCAAUCACAUGGAAGUGGCUGUGCAAAGGAACAGCGUAAGAUCGGUAAAAGAAAACUAUAAAUCAUGCUACGCUACGUUAGCUGAGUCCCCGAAUAAAGACCAAGAGCUGGAAAUGAGCAGAAUAGGUCUCCUUUCAGAAUCACACCUAAGAAAUGUAAAGUUUUUAAAAUAAAAGAUUAUAUGAUGUAAAAAUAAUAAAAUGGUCACUGCUCUCUGCGGACAAACUGCAGAACAGUGUUUUCACACCUUAUUUGUUGUCAUUUAUGGGCCGAUCUACAGUACGUGGUGAUGCUGAUGUGUCAGAUUAACUUAAUGUUUUCAGUUUGUGCAUCAAAACUCAUCCAAAGACUAUUUAUGACAUGAAGAAGCUUCACUCUGUAACAAAGCUGUAAAACGGCUCAUUUUAGACCAAUGAAUGAAAACUAUUUGUUGUCCAGACCCGAAGAUGAAGGUUUUUUUGUAAAUGUCAAACUUUGGACUGUUGAAAUGAUAUUUUAAAAAAAUAAAUAACCGUGAGCCGAGGAAAGUUAUUUCAUUUUCAUAGACAAAACUAUUAAUCCAAAGCAUUUUUCAGCAGAUUGUUAAUCAACAAUAAAAACAACUGUUAGCUGGAUGAGCUUCUUUUUGACAGAGUGAAACUUCAUCUUCCUCCAGCUGCUUGUGUUUCAGGACAGUUAAACUUGAUGUCAGAUCAGUAUUUGAGCUGAUCAGGGUCACAGCUUUAUAGAGGGAAAGGGAAUAUGAAGCUUGGGGGAAGAAACAGGGUGUAAAUAUCAGAUUUAAAAGCACCUGUUUUGUUUCAAAGAUUAACAGUAACCCUUCCCUGUAACAGGCGUUUCUGAUUUCACUGUUUGUUUGUUUUUUAAGCUAAAUAACAUCUGGAAACAGCUGGACUAUUAAUGACUAACCUCACAGUAAAUUUAAGAAUAUUUUCAAAUAUGACUUCAAAUACAGAUUAACCGGUUAUUGCCAUUACAUCAAUUAUUGGCAAGUAAUUUGUAAGUAGCAAGUCAGACUUUAUUUUCUAUUCAAAGCAAGCUCUUGCAUUGAAUCUAUUAAAUAACAGGCUUGCUGCUGCAUAGAGGGGACAAUAACCACUUAACCCUUUAUGAUGCCAGAAAUCACAUUUGCAACACUAAUGCAAACAUUACAUAUAUGCUGACUUCACUGACCUUGAUUUGCAGCGUAAAAAUGGAAGAAAGAAGUAAAAAUUGUAAAAAAAAAAAGUCUUUUUUAAUGCAUGCCCUGUAAGGGGUUAAGCAUCAGUUCACAAAUACUCAGGAUUCAGAGCCUCACUGAGGUCACGACAGAACAUCCCUUUUUAUGCUGAGGACAGUUCACUUCAAAAAUCAGUUUUACAGAUUUUCUUUCCUUUGAGCUGUUCAUCCUUCUAGAUGUCUUUGUUGUAAAUUGCACAGUUUUGCAGUUUCUUAUAGGAACUGCAGGAUUUAGAAAGAAUGGCUCUGUCCGUUAGAGAGAGGCAAGUCCUAAACUAUAUGGCCAACUGAAAUCAAAACUGUAAAUUUAAUAUUUAUUGCUUUGAUGUGCUAAAAAAUACUUUGAAGUUAUAAACCACACAAAAAUAAAUAAACCAACACCUCAUCCAUUGAUCCAUUACAUCUCUUGCAUCAUUUUAAUGUCUGUUUCUAUGUUCCAUCCACAGCCUUAGCAGUUAAACUACAAACCCCUGUGCUACCCUUUAGCCCCACCCUUCUGCCUCCUGUCUUUUAGGGCAUUAGGAUGUUUGUCUUCUAUGCAUUUUCUAAGACUGUGUCCUAGCGACUGAUUCCCUGAUUGGUGCGAGCAGCGCCUAAUCACAGGAUCGCAGAGUCUGGACUAAUGAUUCUAACAAAGGAUCUGAUCAUUCAGGUUCUGGUCCAGAGACAACCAGGAAGAGCCGAGUUCUCGCUGGACUGAACAGUUUUACCAUCAGACCUGCUCCAAGGCAGCAGGAUGGAGGAACGCCACUCAGCUGUUUGCUUAAUGCAGUUUUUAUCUUCAGCAGUUGGCUGUAAACACGCAGAAGUGACUGAAGCAGCUGAUCUGAUCCGUCAGUGAUCGCUCGGUGUCUUUAGAUCCAGUCUGACUUUAAAACUCUGAGCUGGACCAACAUCAGCUCAGGUAGACCAAGCUAACUAUCCGCAGCCUUGUUCAAUAAACAAGCUCAUGUGAA